GAAAUCUCCUCCACCUUUUGCAAUUUCUCUGCAUGUACUUUCGCUGCAGUUGAGGUAGAAAAGCACGACUGUUGGGACAGAUAAACAGCACAGGUGUUUGAGAAAACAAACGUUAAAGUACUAGGGGUGAACUGUUUGCUGAUAUAUCUGCGCUGUCUCGACUUAUUUAGGCGUCCUCGAGCUUGUGCGAGCCAAUUCUCCUGGACAGCCCAGGCCUCAUCACAAAUGGCUGAACUGGACACACAAGCAGCAAAAAAGCUUCCUGAUCCCCCUGAAGAACUUUUACUACCAGAAGGCUGGAAGCAGACAUUGCCAAAAGAGCAGCAUCUCUGGGUCAGUAAGGCUCUCUUCAGCAGAGACGUGUCUGGGAAGUUAAAGCUGACUGAAGCUCUGCAGCUGUGGUGGUCACCUCCAGGACCCCAGUUGUUGUAUUCACAGCCUCCUGCUUUUCCUGACCCAUUCUUUCACAGCAGACUGUUCCUUUGGAUGCCCUGCCGCAUGUGGGCGUACAGGCUGCCGUGCACAAAUCCCAACUGCCGUCGUCUCGGGAAUCAUUUGAGGCCUUGCGGACUGUACAACACUGUCCGGAGGGUUUUGGACAUGAGCGGGUGGUAUUUCAUGGUCACGGAGUACCUUGAAUGCUAUUCUUGCAGGAAAAAGGUGGCGGGCUGGUCGCAAGACAUUCUAGAUCAACUGGAUCCCAUCCAUCGUGAGAAAUUCCCAGCAGUAUUGACUUACAGGUUGUCUUGCGAUAAGGAGCUUGUUCAACUGAUGCGGAGUCAGACACCAGGAAAGAGUGCGAUGUCGCUGUAUCGGCACCUAUGUGUGCGGCACAAAGACAAAUGGCUGGCUCAGUCCGCAGAGUAUCUCACUGUGCUGGACAAGUUUCAAGAUCUCAGCACUGUUACUGCCAAGCUGCCACAGAUGAUGCCAGUGCCUUCUCCAUCAUUGCUGUUGACGGUAUAUGCAAAGGAUGUACUGACAAGGCUUGGAGAAAUGAAGGCCAGGGUCACUUCCAUCUACGGCUCCAUCCUGAAAAUGGUCUCCACCAAGAAGGUCACCAAGAAACACGAUUCCUCUGUGUGGGCCACCAAUGUGAGUAAUGAGAAUGGGCAGGUCCUAAUAUGUGUCCUUUCACAAACAGUCGACAACUUGCUUCCCAUGUCCUCCGGCUUGAUGGAUCGUUACAGGCGAGCCGGAAAGCCCCCUCCGCAAGUCCUCUAUGUGGACUGGGACUGUUGCUUAACUACAGGCAAAAACAAAGUGGAAGCCAUGUUUCACGAGUGGGACCAGCUGGUCAUCAGACUGGACCCGUGGCAGUUUAUAAUGCGGUUCACAGCAGGCCUCACUUCAGAAAGCCACCCGCUGUACGGCCCUUUCAUGGGACGGCUCUUCUCCUGUAUCUUUGAGUGGGAUGCUGAAGAUUUAAAAAGACUACAAGAAGCCAAACAAGCUGAGACUAGCAAGAAUCCCACUGCUGAAGAGUUAGUGCGGCACUGCCGCCACCAGACACGUCAACCUCAGGUGACCAAGCAGCUCAUUGAACAGUUACUGAAAGACUUCAUGGGGGCUACAGACUUCAUGGGCAACAAACUGCUGGACCAGGAGAGGAUGGAGGAGAUUUGGCGAGCACAACAAUGCCAUCUUUUGUGCAUCCAGGACCCUCCAGGCAUAGAGCUUUAUAGAAAGGUUAGAGAGGUGAACACAGGAGGGUUCAUCCUGCCCAUGUAUCACUGUGCACGUGGCGUAGGAUCCCUUGAAUCAUUCCAUCAGCAUCUGAACCACUUCAUUCCAGGUAAAAGAACAAAUGACUUGCACUUCCAUGUUUAUCUGCUAGACGGGGUAGUGCAGUGGAACGAGGCCCGAUCUGUUGCUGUCGAUGAAGGCAGUCCACUGCAGCACCAUGUAAACCGUCUAAGCCAGAAGUUUCUAGGCCGUAAACUGGUUGAGGAACACAACGGCUUAGGAGAGUAUACUGGUGAGCUCAUAGGGGUGGAGUAUCUUUAUUCUCAAACUAACAGAGUGUUGGAGGUCGACUACCUUAUGGAUCCUGAUGCUCCUGAUGGGAGUGAUGAGCAUCUGGAGGGAGACCUGGAAUAUGAGGAUUCAGACUUUGAUGACAUCAAAUCACCACAGUUCUUGGAGCUCAGCCUCAAACCACUUCAGCCCAUUCAAUAUCAGGCAGCACUUCUGCAAUCACCUUCCUCCGGCCUCUCAAUGUCACAGCCGGAUCCAAUCGUGUCUUCCACAUCUGGGCCCAUAAAGGAUGAGCCUACCACUGCAGACCAUUUCGCACCUCAGGGCAUCUCACAAGAGGAAGAUAAUGAAAAGUGUGUGGGGCCUGAUGGUGUUCCUGGGUAUGACCAUGUUAUUAACCUUGCUAACAGUCUGGUUGAGCUUAGAAAUCAUGGAUUUGUCACGCAGCGAAAGGUGGACGAGAUUGUCGCUCUGUGGGAUAAGCUGUCAGAGCAUGACAAGGGUGGUGUCAUCCUUCCGGCCCGGGUUGAAGACAGCCAGUGCUUAAACAACAGCCAUAGUGAUACCUUUCUAACUCCAUGUGUUGAUGGUUUUAAAAGCCGCCUUGUCGCAGCCAUUUGCCUCGCUCUCAGCCACAUCCACCCUGCGGGUCAGACCAUCGCUGGUUUCAGGGUCAACAGAUGGGCUGCCAUCCUCCGCGACUAUAACAUGAUCAGGGACAUCGUCCAGGACAGCGCUGCCAUCUCCACCCGGACACGGAUACAGCUGCUUGAGAUAAACCAGCGGACACUGUGCCAGUGGUACAAUGCCAGGAAACAAAGACAAGGACAAUUGGUCUUCAACCAGUGCAUUGAAAACAUGAAGGCUUCUGAGUCUCAAUUUCCUGUUCAACACAAUGAUCCAGAGCCCUUUCGACGGGGACAUGUAGGCCAUGAUGUAAUUAAAGUAGUGAUUGGGGGGCCCGAGCACUUUCAAGCAGACCCAGAGCAAACAGCUGCUGCCACCGGGCCCCCUAGUCCAAAGGUCCCUAGGACCACUGCUUGGCGACGGAGGAAGGCAGAGGAAGAGGCAGCCCAACGAGGGAUACCCCUCAAGAGGCCUUGCGAACAGUAUGUUUGUAAGAAGUGUGGCAAACCGAAGACAAAAGAGUUCGGUCAUAGCCAGUUCCGCGGCGUCCACUUUUGUGCCAAAGCCUCUGGAAAGACUGUAGAGCAGUGGAUGGAGGAGAUGAGGAGGGCGAAGUGAGCCAAAAUGGACAUUAAAAAUGUAAUUUUUUUAGUUUUACAUUGUUUUUAUAUACUAUGUUUGUAAAUACUUUGAUAGUACUCUUUAGGUAAUAGCAAAAAUGAAUUAUUUAUAGCUUUCUAUAUACCAGUUUGUCAUUUGUAAAAUGGCAAUAAAGGUCUUUUUAUUCUCA